AUGAAAGACCUUUAUUUCGACAUCGACUACUGGCAUGAAUAUUAUAACUUCAGUGAGUAUGGCACUGGCAUGCCCAAUAUUCUACCAGAUUCUGCUCCAUGCUAUCCAGAGUCUCUUGAAAUCAACCAUAGCAUUAUAAUCGUCAUUUAUGCUUUGGUGUUUUUGCUGAGCCUUCUGGGAAAUUCCCUGGUGAUGCUGGUCAUCUUGUACAACAGGGUCAGCUGCUCCGUCACGGACGUCUACCUGCUGAACCUGGCCAUAGCAGAUCUGCUCUUCGCUCUGACACUGCCCAUCUGGGCUGCUUCCAAGAAAAGUGGCUGGACUUUUGGCACACCCCUGUGCAAAGUCGUCUCAUUCCUGAAGGAAAUCAACUUCUACAGUGGUAUCUUACUGCUGGCCUCCAUCAGCGUGGAUCGCUACUUGGCCAUUGUCCAUGCCACACGCACCCUGAUCCAGAAGCGUCAUUUGGUCAAGUUCGUAUGUCUAGGCAUCUGGGGAUUGUCUCUGCUUCUGUCCCUGCCCAUCAUUCUUUUCCGCAAGACCAUCUAUCCACCCUCUUUAAGCCCAGUCUGCUAUGAGGACAUUGGUAACAAUACAACAAAAUAUAGGCUGGUGCUCCGAAUCCUGCCCCAGACUUUUGGCUUCAUUCUACCACUCUUGGCCAUGCUUUUCUGCUAUGGGUUCACCCUGCGCACGCUGUUUGAGGCCCACAUGGGGCAGAAGCACAAGGCCAUGAGGGUCAUCUUUGUCGUUGUGCUCAUCUUCCUACUCUGCUGGCUGCCCUACAACCUAGUUCUGGUCACAGACACCCUCAUGAGGACUGGGGUCAUCAAGGACACCUGUGAGCGCCGCAGGAACAUCAACCAUGCCCUGGAUGGCACUGAGAUUCUGGGCUUCCUCCACAGCUGCCUCAACCCCCUCAUCUACGCCUUCAUUGGCCAGAAGUUCCGAAAUGGACUGCUCAGGAUCCUGGUCAACCAUGGGCUGAUCAGCAAGGACCACUUGACCAAGGAUGGCCGGGCUUCAUUUGCUAGCUAUUCUUCAGGGAGCACUUCUAUCACACUCUAA